AUGUCUUACAGCGAACCUUACAUCUCGAAUGGGACAGGAGUGUUCUGGGACAUGGACGAGUGUAAGCUCCAAGAGGAACGCACCGCAGCUGAUCUCGUACCGUUUAUUAGACAGAUGGUGUCGAGUGUUGGUCUACGCCGUCCUCCUUCGAUCUGGAUCUACGGUGAUUUGACCGGCCUUGACUUUCAAGCCGAGGACGAUGUUAAUGUUAAGCUCAAUCAUUUUCACGCAGGAGAGAAACGUGCGAAGAUGACGAAAAUAUUGGAGGACAUAGUAUCGUGGUCAGGUGAGAAUCCAGAACCAUCGACGGGGAUACUAUUCUUGGGACAGUUGGAAGACGCAGAUGAGUCUGACAUCACCGCGGUUACUCAACUUCUCGAGACUCAGAAAAACUAUCACUUUGUGAUUACGGGUCCGUCUCCCCCUCCUCCAACCGUGGUCGUGUGUCUCAGGUCUAUUCCUCGUGGUGGUCUCUAAGUUUAAUAAUUUGGUGGCUAAUUAAGUUUCAAUAACAUUUUCAAUAAAAAGGACAAAAAGUAAUUUGUAGCUUCUUAUCUUUUUGUUAUGAGUUAAUGUUGGAUAAUAAUCAAAAUCCUUUUUUUUUCUGGAAACUUUUAUGUUAUAC